AUGUCAGGUUUACUCAACGCUUAUUCGAGUUUACUUAGGAGAAGACCUUUGAUGGGUAAUAUACUUACUUCCGCUGCUUUGUUCGCUACUGGGGAUGUUAUCGCUCAGCAAAUUAUCGAGAAGAAAGGUGAUAAACAUGAUUUCGCUCGAACUGGACGGAUCGUCAUUUGGGGAGGAGCAUUCUUCGCUCCUGCCGUAACCAUCUGGUUUCGGGUUUUAGAAAAAGUUCCUAUAAAAUCAAAAUUACCUGCAGCUAUGACAAAAGCAUGCUUGGAUCAAUUUAUAGCAGCUCCGACGGUUUUGUCCACGUUCUUCUGCGUCAUGACACUCAUGGAGGGUAAAAGCCUUGACGACGCAAAGAAGAAAUGGCAAGAUUCUUUCGUACCUACUCUCAAAACCAAUUGGAUGGUCUGGAUACCUGUUCAAUUCACCAACAUGGUAUCUAACCAUAAGCUCGUCCCACCCCCACUUAGACUCCUCUUCGUAAAUUGCGUCAACGUACCAUGGAACACUUUCCUCUCUUUACAAGCAUCGAAAGGUCAACCGGUUUUGAAAGAAAAAGGACAUGUUUCCGAAAUAUCUUUUGGUAGUUGA